AUGCCUUCCCGCAAAUCCAAAGCAGCGGCACUGGACACGCCACAAAGCGAGAGUUCCACCUUCAGCUCAACCCUGGACUCCUCGGCCCCGUCAUCCGCACGCAAUCUUCGGCGAUCAGGUCGUAAUAUUCUGCAGCCCAGCAGCGAAAAGGACGGUGACCAUGAAAAACGAAGCGGGGAGGAAUUGGCUGGGCGUAUGAUGGGCAAAGACGCAAAUGGCCAUUGUUUGCGGGAGGGGAAGGAACAAGAGGAGGGAGUCAAAAUGGCCAUAGAAGGCUUAGCGAGGAUGGAAAGACGACUACAAAGAGCGACAAAGCGACAGAAGAAGCAACUCGAAGAGGACGGUAUCCCCGUACCAUCAGUGGUCAGCCGCUUCCCAACUGCGCCUUAUCACCACAAAUCUGCCAAUGCCGAGGAGCGGGAGGCGAAGGAACCGGUGCUCAAGACCCAUUCGAAAGACGUCGAGGGCGAGGCGGAGAUUGGUGUUGACGACGUUGUGAAAAUGGAGCCAGCCGCAACCAACAUUAUCGAACCAGAAGAUGCGCAGGAUGCGGCUGAACGCGGUGCCGCUCGGCCACCAGCUGUCAAUAGCAGCUACUUACCAUUGCCAUGGAAGGGCCGACUAGGUUAUGCAUGUCUCAACACCUACUUGCGCAACGCAAAGCCGCCCAUCUUCAGUUCUAGGACUUGCCGUAUGGCAUCCAUUGUCGAUCACAGACAUCCGCUUCAGUUUGAGGACGAGCCGGAACAUCACUUGAAGAAUAAGCCUGACAAGUCGAAGGAACCGCAGGAUGAAUUGGGACACAAGUUUUUGCAGGAGCUCGGGUUGGCCAACGCCCGCGACAUUGUCAAGAUGCUGCGUUGGAAUGAAAAGUACGGCAUCAGGUUCCUUCGACUCAGCUCUGAGAUGUUUCCCUUUGCCAGUCAUCCAGUACAUGGAUACAAACUGGCGCCUUUCGCAUCCGAGGUACUUGCUGAAGCAGGAAGGGUAGCAGCUGAGCUUGGCCACCGCUUGACCACACACCCAGGACAGUUUACCCAACUCGGCUCUCCUCGUAAAGAAGUAGUCGAGUCCGCCAUUCGAGAUCUCGAAUAUCACGAUGAACUUCUCUCCCUUCUCAAGCUCCCGGAGCAACAAAACCGCGACGCAGUAAUGAUCAUUCACAUGGGCGGCCAAUUCGGCGACAAAGCCGCCACCCUCGAGCGCUUCAAGAAGAACUACGCCCGCCUCUCGCAGUCCUGCAAGAACCGCCUCGUCCUCGAGAACGACGACGUAGGCUGGACCGUCCACGACCUCCUCCCCGUCUGCGAAGAGCUCAACAUUCCCAUGGUCCUCGAUUACCACCACCACAACAUUUGCUUCGACCCGGCCCACCUUCGCGAAGGUACCCUCGACAUCUCGGACCCCAAGCUCCAAGAGCGCAUAGCCAACACGUGGAAGCGCAAGGGCAUCAAGCAGAAAAUGCACUACUCCGAACCCUGCGACGGCGCCGUCACCCCUCGCGACCGACGUAAACACCGCCCACGCGUGAUGACCCUCCCUCCCUGCCCGCCAGACAUGGACCUCAUGAUCGAAGCCAAAGACAAGGAGCAAGCUGUCUUUGAGCUCAUGCGCACUUUCAAAUUGCCCGGCUUUGAGAAGAUCAAUGACAUGGUGCCCUACGACCGUGACGACGAGAACCGUCCUGCGCCACCGGUCAAGGCACCCAAGAAGAAAAAGGGAGGCAAGAGGAAGAGAGUAACGGAUGAAGAGGCAGCUGAACCUGAGGAGGUGGACACGGCAGCGGAUGAUGUGAAAGAUGCGCCGGAGGGACCCAAGGAGGUUCCAGAGGAGGAGAGGGCGAUGGGUGGCCCGUUUAAUCGAGUUUAUUGGCCGCUGGGGUGCGAGGAGUGGCUGAAGCCCAAGAAGAGGGAGGUCAAGAAGGGGAAGGUUCCAGAGGAGGUGGAAGAUGAAGGGGAGUUUGACGGGUGA